GACACUGUUGCUGCAGUGAUUAUUGGAACAGGCACAAAUGCUUGCUAUGUGGAGCGGACAGAUUCAAUUAUCAAGUGUCAAGGCCUUCUGACAAAAUCUGGAGGCAUGGUUGUGAACAUGGAAUGGGGAAACUUCUGGUCAACCCAUCUGCCAAGAACUUCGUACGAUAUUGAUCUAGAUAGUGAUAGUCCUAACCCAAAUGAUCAGGGGUUUGAGAAGAUGAUAUCAGGAAUGUAUCUGGGUGAUAUUGUAAGGAGGGUAAUGCUUAGGAUGUCAAAGGAAUCAGAUAUUUUUGGGGAUGCUACAUCUAGGCUAUCAGUGCCAUUUAUCUUGAAGACGCCUCUGAUGGCUGCCAUGCAUGAAGAUGAUUCUCCUGACUUGAAGGAUGUAUCAAGAAUCUUGAAAGAAACUCUUGAGAUAUCUGAUGUCCCACUGAAGGUGAGGAAGCUGAUCGUGAGAAUAUGUGAUGUGGUGACCCGGAGGGCUGCCCGAUUGGCUGCUGCAGGUAUCGUAGGGAUCUUGAAGAAAAUUGGAAGGGAUGGGAGUGGUGGCAUUAUGAGUGGAAGAACCAAGAGUGGUGAAACAUCAAGCAGAAAGAGAAGAACAGUCGUGGCGAUAGAGGGUGGUUUGUACACUAGUUAUUCCCUAUUCAGGGAGUACUUGAAUGAAGCUGUGGCUGAGAUUUUGGGGGAAGAAAUGGCUCCGUAUGUUGUCCUCAAGGUUUCAGAAGAUGGCUCAGGAAUCGGAGCUGCUCUGCUUGCUGCUUCUCAUUCUUAUCCCAGUAUUGGUCCUGUAAACGUUGCCAUAAAAUGAUAAAAAGUAUAUAGUCUCUUGUAAAAAGAAGAA